UCUUCCACCAAACCGAAGGCUGCACGGAGAGGCUGCGCCGCCCGGCUCUCACUUCUCUCUCCGGGAUCCGUUCACGUUAUAAGUGAUGAAGGAUGGCGACGUGUUUUGCCAACAUUGUCGUCGGUACUUAUGUUGAGAUAAAGCGCAGUGAUGGACGUAUCCAUCAGGCAAUGGUGACCUCACUCAAUGAGGACAACGAAAGCGUCACUGUGGAAUGGAUAGAAAAUGGAGACACGAAAGGGAAAGAGAUUGACUUGGAGAGCAUAUUUGCACUUAAUCCAGACGAGAAAAUCGCCCCUAGCCCAGAGACCCCGCCUCCUCCCACAACUACAUGCGUGAAGGUCAACAAAAUUGCAAAGAACCGACGAACAAUAGCUCCUGUGAAGAACGAUGCUCCAUCCAGGGACAACCGAGCAAUUCCAACCCGGGCGAGACCCCUGCAGCCUCAGCAGCCAGAGCCGGCUCCGCCUCCUCCAUCCCAGCAGCCCACACAGCAGACUCAAGCUCAGACGCAGCAGCAGCAGCAGAACGAGUCCUCCCAUCACCCGAUUUCCAGAAAGGAGUCUGGACAGCUUUCGAGGAGGAAGUCAAACUGUGUGCUGGAGGUGGAGAAACUACAGGAGAAACGAGAGAGACGCCGAUUCCAGCAGCAGGAGCUCAGGGUGAAGAGAGCUCAGGAAGUGGACACCACCAUCCCCAACUAUGAAAUCAUGUACAUGAUCCGAGAUUUCCGAGCCAGCCUUGACUACCGGCCCCUGACCACAGCAGACCUGAUUGAAGAGCACAGAAUAUGUGUUUGUGUGAGAAAACGUCCUCUCAACAAAAAAGAGUUGUCCAUGAAGGAUUUAGAUGUGAUCACCAUCCCCAGCAAGAAUGUGGUGAUGGUCCACGAACCCAAACAGAAAGUCGACCUGACACGCUACUUAGAGAACCAGACGUUCCGCUUCGACUACGCCUUCGAUGACAGCACGGCCAACGAGAUGGUUUAUAAGUUCACCGCCAGACCGCUGGUGGAGACCAUUUUUGAGAGAGGCAUGGCCACCUGCUUUGCUUAUGGGCAGACGGGCAGUGGAAAAACACAUACUAUGGGUGGAGAUUUUUCAGGAAAAAACCAAGACUGUUCGAAAGGAAUUUAUGCAUUAGCUGCUCGCGACGUGUUUCUGAUGUUGAAGAAGCCGAACUACAAAAAGUUAGACCUGCAAGUGUAUGCUACGUUUUUUGAAAUCUACAGUGGAAAGGUGUUUGACCUGCUCAAUCGGAAAGCAAAGCUACGAGUGCUGGAGGACGGAAAGCAGCAAGUGCAGGUCGUGGGGCUUCAGGAGAAGGAAGUGAAGUGCACAGAGGACGUCCUGAAACUUAUCGAAGUGGGAAACAGCUGCAGAACAUCUGGGCAGACGUCGGCCAAUGCGCACUCCUCCCGCAGCCACGCUGUUUUCCAAAUCAUUCUUCGGCGGAAGGGAAAGAUGCAUGGCAAGUUUUCCCUCAUUGACCUCGCGGGCAACGAGAGAGGAGCCGACACCUCCAGCGCCGACCGCCAGACCCGCCUGGAGGGAGCGGAGAUAAACAAAAGCCUGCUGGCCCUGAAGGAGUGCAUCAGAGCUCUGGGCCGUAACCAGCCCCACACUCCGUUCAGGGCCAGUAAGCUGACCCAGGUCCUCAGAGAUUCCUUCAUCGGGGAAAAUUCACGCACAUGCAUGAUUGCCACCAUCUCUCCUGGCAUGACGUCCUGCGAGAAUACGCUGAACACGCUACGCUACGCCAACAGAGUGAAGGAGUUUGGGAUUAGUCCGUCAGACAUCCCCUUCUCCCAGGGCGGUCAGGGGAGUCGCCCCGACCACUCGCCCACCAAUACCUUUGAGUACGAUGACUUUGCUGAAACCUCUCCCUGCAGGGUGAAGGAGUUAACGGUGGACCCCAACCUGGUGAUGGAGGGCGGCCGGCCGAACAUCCACGCCGUCAACCAGCUGGACCUUCUCGACGAGGACUGGCUGAGUAUCUCGCCACAGAGGGACGACCUCAAGCUGCUCUGUGAGCAGAAUGAGGAGGAAGUGUCCCCUCAGCUCUUCACCUUCCACGAGGCGGUGUCCCAGCUGGUGGAGAUGGAGGAGCAGGUCCUGGAGGACCACAAGGCCGUUUUCCAGGAGUCCAUCCGGUGGCUGGAGGACGAGCGGGUGUUGAUCCAGAUGACGGAGGAGGUGGAUUAUGACGUCGAGUCGUACGCCACACAGCUGGAACAGAUCCUAGACCAGAAGAUAGAAAUCCUCACUGAACUCCGGGAUAAAGUGAAGUCGUUCCGCUCCGCGCUGCAGCAGGAGGAGCAAGCCAGUAAGCAGAUCAGCCCCAAGAAGCCGCGAGGUCUUUAGACCCUGAAGAGCUUUAAGUGACACAACAUUAACCACUCCCAGGGGGCGGGGUCUCCGGCCCCGGAGCGCUCCUGUCCUCCACGUUCUAAAACUAGACACACUUUAUCGGGGAUCCUCCUUUCUGAAUCGAACUCUCUCCCUGAAUCUGAUGAUCCUGUCGCUGCCAAGCUCCAAACAAAUCCCAGUUCCUGAGCGUCACUGCAGCAGAGGCGUUCCACCGCGG